AUGUCCGGCACGGUACAGCAGUCUGCGUCGGCAUCGAGAUCGACACCGUCUGCCCUUGGUGAUGAUUCAAAGCCAUUCGGUCAUGUGCUGCUCGCCACAUUGUCAAUCAGGGAGCCUUCGCCUGGUGCUUGGGAUGCCGUUAUGUCUGCGUCGACUCACGAAUGCGCGACGUUUCUCCACCGCUAUAAAGCAAUGGUCGAUUUGGCGCCCUUCGCCGUCCACUUACCACCCUUGACCCUGGAUGGGUUUCUGUCAUCUUCCCCAGUGCUGCUCCUCGCCGCCAUCCUCAGCGGAAGCAGCGCUGACCCGGAAUUCGAGAAGCAAGCGGGCGAGCUAUUUCGCCACGUGCUCGCCGACCGAGUCAUUGUCAAGGGACAGAAGAGCAUGGAGCUCUUCCAGGGUUUGCUGACCUACAUGCUGUGGUAUCACCACCGCUUUGAUCUCGUGACACUCCAAUUCUACCAGCUCCUGCAACUUGCGAACGGCAUGGUCGCCGACCUUGGGCUUCCUAGGAGAUUUGCCAGAGACAGGAGUUUCACGGUCCGAGGGGACGAAGAUGUGAAUACCAUCCGGGCAUUCUUACUGUGCUACUAUCUCAACUGCGGUGGCGGCGUGCUGGGGUACGACAGGCCCGAGAAUAUGCGGUGCAUUGAGAGCUUGAGGAACGCCGCGAAGUUGCUGGUCGACAUAUCGCCACGGCCUCUCGACAAGGAGGCACCAGCGUUUAUCGAGCUGAUGCACCUCGUCAGCCUGCAUCGCGGCGACGGGAAUCCGCCGGAACGUUAUAUAAGGCCGUCGCAGGGCCUUGAUGAAUGGAAAACCGCAUAUCUGCGCCCCGAGUCCCCUGCGAUGAUGAAGUCGAGCUACCAUUUCCUUGCAGCGUACAGCGUCCUGAAAUCCUCGAGUCCCAAGUCCAUGUCAGCCGAGGAUGUCCGACUGUGCGUCCAGCACUUUGAAGCACUCCUCUCCAACAUCCUGAACCAGGAGCUCUGCUAUCUCGUUCAGGUGGGCAUCAUCGAAUGGGCGCAUUUGAUCACCACUCUGUUCCUCCUCGCUCGUCUGGAGAGGCACAAUAUGUGCAACCCGAGCCGAGCAGACUCUCCAUUACUUACGCACCACUAUGUCGGUCGCUUCCGAGCCCUUAUGGCUGAUUUCGCGGCGCUGACCGUGCCAGCACUCGUGACCCUCAAAACCCCCCAUCUCCUGGACUGGCUCGACAAGAUUUUGACCGCGGUCACGCGACAGGCCAGCUUUGGGCGGGCAGCACAAGAACCGCGACUGCAUGAAAGCGAGAGGAGCCAUGGUCAUGGCCAUGACCACCAGCACGAAUCGGCCUAUGAGCUCGUCAACUCCUUCAUCGACGACAGGGGGCGCGUGCGAGAUGUCGAUGAGAGGACGUCCGCUGUCGAGAGAAGCCGCAUGGAACAGCAUCAACACGAACAGCAGCAACGAGAUGCAGAAGACUUUUGGACCGACUUCAUGUCGGACUGGUUGAAUUGGUAG